AUGGCGCCACUGAUAAUUUUUUUUUUCAGCCAUGCCGUUGUUGUUCAUAAUUGCGGCUUGAGGAGCGCCGAGUCAUGGUCGCGUUCCAUACUCACGACUCAAGGGGCGCAAAAUAUGCAACCCGAUAUCAUAGCAGUGGGUGCCCGUCUGGCCCUGGAAGCUUCGGAAAGCUGCAGCCACGGCUUCCGCUCUGCAUGUUCGGUAAAUUGGCUUGGAAAGGUGUUUGAGAAUCGACGUCGAGGUACAGAUACUGUGGGAAAUCGCGGUAUCCAGCAGAAAUUUGUAGGACAGUGGCGUUAA